UUUUUUCUGUUUUUUUUUAUUUUUCCCUCCUGCUCCUUAAUCCUUCAAAAUUUGUAGAAAAUACCAAUCAAACAUCUCUUUUCCUUUCCGUUUAAUUUUAAUUUGACCAAAAUUAAUAACAGUAAUAUGUCCUCUGAUAGCGAUUUCGAUGAGAGCAUGUAUGAUAGUGAAGCUGAUUUCAUGAGCACUAUGAGUGAUAGCGACGAAUACAAUAGUACCGAUGAAUUGACAGACGACGUCUUCGUUGAAAAACCACAGCAAAAAGCUUAUGAGGUUCAGUACUCUGUUUUAAGUGGAGAUUCUCUGCAGUCUAAGCAAGAUAAAGAAGUUUCUCAAGUAUCAUCUAUUCUAGGGCUAACAAGGGAAGAUUCAGCAACAUUAUUACGAUAUUUCCGUUGGAAUAAAGAGAAACUGUUUGAACAAUAUAUGGACUCAUCCGAGAAAGUACUCAAACUAGCCGGAGUAUCAUCUAUAUCUGAUUUAAAGCAUGUUAUUGUAUUAGCCAAGGAUUUGGAUACCACUGAAGAUUUUAUGUGCAAUAUAUGCUGCGAUGACGACCCGGAGAUGGAGACUGUCAGUGUGUCUUGUGGACAUCGGUUUUGUAAAAGAUGUUAUACCCAAUAUCUUUGUCAAAAGAUACGAGAGGAAGGCGAAAGUCGAAGAAUUCAGUGCCCAGAGAGCGAUUGUAAUAUUAUUGUUGACGAAAAGACUGUCGAGCUAUUAGUGGAUUCAGCGACCUAUUCCAAAUAUCGUGAAUUAUUAAAUCGUACCUUUGUCGACGACAACGACUUUUUAAGAUGGUGUCCCGCACCCGAUUGCGAAUAUGCUAUUGAGUGUCCUAUACCAAGUACAUCAUUAAUGUCAGUUGUACCAACCGUCGAAUGUCAUUGUGGCUGUCGCUUUUGCUUUGGCUGUGGUUUGGAUGAUCACCAACCAUGCAUUUGCAUAUUAGUAAAGAAAUGGCUACAGAAAUGUGAAGAUGAUUCUGAAACGGCUAAUUGGAUAUCAGCUCAUACAAAAGAAUGCCCUAAAUGUCAUUCAACAAUUGAAAAGAAUGGCGGCUGUAACCAUAUGACUUGCAGAAAAUGUAGAUAUGAAUUUUGUUGGGUCUGUAUGGGACCAUGGUCUGAGCAUGGUACGUCAUGGUAUACUUGUAAUCGAUAUGAUGAAAAGAGCAGUGCUGAAGCAAGAGACAAUCAAACACAAUCCAGAGCCAGUUUAGAAAGAUACCUCCAUUAUUACAAUCGUUACGCAAAUCAUGAACAAUCAGCCAAAUUGGAUCAGGAUCUAUAUCAGAAAACAGAAAAGAAAAUGGAAGAGUUGCAGCAAACAAGCGAUCUGUCAUGGAUUGAAGUACAAUUCCUCAAAAAAGCAGUUGAUGUUACAGUACAAAGCAGAACUACAUUAAAAUGGACUUACGCAUUUGCUUUUUAUCUCGACAGGACAAAUGAAACAGAAUUAUUUGAGGAUAAUCAACGUGAUUUGGAAAUGGCAACAGAACAAUUAUCUGAGUUAUUGGAAAAGCCUUUGGAGCCUGAAAAGAUUGCAGAGUUGAGGCAAGCUGUUUUAGACAAGUCAGUUUAUGUAAAGUCUAGAAGAGAGAUUCUGUUAGAAGACACCGCUAAGGGGUUACAAGAAGGAAGAUGGUCAUAUUUUAUUGAUUUGAAAUAGAGAUAUCAAGUAAAAAACGGACAUUUUUUUAGUGCACUUAGUUCAGUUCUUAUUCUUCCCAUCUUUUUUCAUGAAUAAACAUUAGAAGAAGUGAUCUAAAGGAAUGAAAUCCUGUAAUGUAGCAAGGCUGCUUUUUUUUCUUUCGUUG